CUUGUAAGUGUAUUUUUAGUGGCAGUUGCAUCUUUUGGAUUUGAUCAGCGUGUACGUCCACAUCUACGGCAAUUUUAAUUUUUCAAAAUUUUUUACCCCGAUAUAACAGAUGGUACGAAGAGGAAAGCAACCAUUAGACACAGGAAGGAACCGCAUACGCCUUACACGUGGUAUCCAAGUAGGUACCGUGCUAUUAUGCGCAGAUAAUUCUGGCGCAAAGAUGUUGAAGGUAAUCGGUGUGAAGGGAGUCAGAGGAAGGCUGAAUAGGCUGCCGGCUGCCACCCUAGGUGAUGUGCUUGUUUGUUCGGUGGUGAAAGGCAAACCAGACCUGAGAAAAAAGAUCGUGCUUGCUGUGCCCAUAAGACAGAAACAGAUUAUCAGGAGGCCUGAUGCGGUACACAUGUACUUUGAGGAUAAUGCUGCCGUGCUGAUUACGAAUAAGUGUGAGUUGAGGGGAACGCAGAUCAAUGGGCCGGUGGCGAGAGAGGCAUGUGAGCUAUGGCCCAAGAUAUCAUCGCAGGCAUCUUCAAGUUUCUAAAUGAAUAAACGAUUUUUAAGGACUA